AUGGAAUGGUUACAUUACAUGCUGGUUGAGUCAAAACAAGAAUUUCUGCAGCAAAGUCAGGAGCAGUUGGCUGCUACUGCCAAUCCUAUAGUUGGGUCCCGGGUUUGGGUGGAGGAUCCUGAUGUGGCCUGGAUAGAUGGUGAGGUCUUGGAGGCUAAAGGAGAAGUAAUUAAAGUCCUUUGCACUUCAGGGAAGACGGUUGUUGUUAAAGCUUCCAGCAUUUAUCAUAAAGAUACCGAAGUCCCACCAAGUGGAGUGGAUGAUAUGACAAAGCUUGCAUACCUGCAUGAACCUGGAGUCCUAGAUAAUCUGAGAUCAAGAUAUGAUAUAAAUGAAAUUUAUACUUACACUGGGAAUAUAUUGAUUGCUGUGAACCCUUUCAUCAAGCUCCCUCAUUUAUAUGAUAGCCACAUGAUGGCCCAAUAUAAAGGAGCAGCUUUUGGCGAGCUAAGUCCACAUCCCUUUGCUGUUGCAGAUGCAGCAUACAGGCUUAUGAUAAAUGAGGGAAUCAGUCAGUCAAUAUUGGUUAGUGGUGAAAGUGGAGCUGGUAAAACAGAAAGUACCAAGUUACUCAUGAGGUAUCUUGCUUACAUGGGUGGAAGAGCUGCUGCUGAAGGUAGAACUGUUGAGCAAAAGGUCCUGGAGUCCAAUCCUGUACUAGAAGCCUUUGGCAAUGCGAAGACUGUUAGGAACAAUAAUUCAAGUCGUUUUGGUAAGUUUGUGGAGAUUCAAUUUGACCAGAGGGGAAGAAUUUCAGGGGCUGCUAUCAGGACUUAUCUGCUUGAAAGAUCACGUGUUUGCCAGGUGUCUGAUCCAGAGAGGAACUAUCAUUGUUUCUACAUGCUCUGUGCUGCACCUCCAGAGGAUGUUAAAAAGUACAAAUUAGGAGAUCCAAGAAUGUUUCAUUAUCUGAAUCAAUCAAAUUGCUUUGAGUUGGAGGGACUUGAUGAAUCUAAAGAAUAUAGGGAUACAAGGAGAGCAAUGGAUAUUGUUGGAAUAAGUUCGGAGGAGCAGGAUGCAAUUUUUAAAGUUGUUGCUGCAAUUUUACAUCUUGGUAACAUCGAAUUUGCGAAAGGGAAGGAGAUAGACUCAUCUGUGCCCAGAGAUGAAAAAUCUUGGUUCCAUCUACAGACUGCUGCUGACCUUUUCAUGUGUGAUGCAAAAGCACUUGAAGAUUCUCUUUGCAAACGUGUAAUUGUUACUCGAGACGAAACAAUUACAAAAUGGCUGGAUCCAGAAGCUGCUGCGCUCAGCCGAGAUGCCUUGGCAAAGAUUGUGUACUCAAGAUUGUUUGACUGGUUGGUUGAUAAAAUUAAUAAUUCUAUUGGUCAAGACCCUGAAUCAAAAUCCUUAAUUGGUGUGCUGGAUAUUUAUGGCUUUGAGAGUUUCAAGACUAACAGGUUUGUAACUGGCACACCUUUUGUUGUGUAA